UCCUUCAUCAACACAACACACUCCACCAUGACUGGGGCGCCACUGUUGCUUCUUCUGAGUCUUCUCUCACUACACACAGACUCCGUGUGGUCAAGGUACGAGGGUCAGCUUGACUCACAGCCGACAGUAUUCUGCGAGUUCCCCUUUACUGCCUUGUAUAAGAAGUGUAUCUUCGUGGACCCAGAAACGAGAGGGUCCUGGAACUCGACAAGAACUUACUGCCUGGAACAAGGCGGUGAUUUGAUUAAAGUGGACAGCGCCGACUUCAUGUUUUAUCUCGUCAGAUACAUUCAUGAAAACGGUUACGAUCAUGUAUCGUACUGGAUCGGGGGGUCAGACGAAGACAACGAAGGAGACUUCCGGUGGACGGACGGUACAGAAAUGAAGAUGGGCACACCUUUCUGGGGUGACAGCGCUGACCAAAUACAAGAACCUGAUGGCGGCAUCAGUCAGAACUGUGUCUUUAUGAAUAAAGGUAAUCACUACUAUUUCUUCGAUUAUGGCUGCAGGAACUAUGCACACGCCAUAUGUGAACAAGUUGAUGAAGAACGUUUGGAAGAUGUUCUGCCAAUUAUACUCGACAGUGGGGUGGCUGUUAGGACCAACUUUGUUAUCAUGUCUGGAGGAUAUAUAAGGGAGUGGUGGUGGUGGUGGUGGUGGUCAUCCUUCAUCAACACAACACACUCCACCAUGACUGGGGCGCCACUGUUGCUUCUUCUGAGUCUUCUCUCGCUACACAAAGCGACUGCGGAGUGCUACCCACCUUUCACUGCUGUGUAUCACACAUGCAUCUUCAUAGACUCAUCAGUAAAAGGCACUUGGUAUUCGACAAGGAACUUCUGCCAGGAUCAAGGCGGAGAUUUGGUCAAGGUGGACAGCGGCGACUUUAUGUACUAUCUCGUCAGAUACAUUCAUGACAACGGUCACGAUCAACAUUCGUACUGGAUCGGUGGGUCGGACGAACACCACGAAGGAGACUUCCGUUGGACGGACGGUACAGAGGUGAAGAUGGGCACACCUUUCUGGGGUGACAGCGCUGACCAAAUACAAGAGCCUGAUGGCGGCAUCAAUCAGAACUGUAUGGAAAUGAACCAUGUUGACCACUACUACUUCUUUGAUGUUCAAUGCGACGGUAAUUUACCUGCCAUCUGCGAACAAACUGUCUAAGCGUGUUUGGUAAAUGGUCUGCUAACUGCACCAUGUAUCUGCUCUUCAAUACUAUUGUUAGGGCACGAAGCCCGAUUACGGAUGACACUGUGAUCCUUAUACACCAGAGACCACAACGAUACAUUAUAGUUCAAUGCACAUUUUCCUCUGAAACCAAAAUAUUUUGUUUGUUAGAAAAAGAUUAUUUCUGUUUCAUUUUGGUAUCGAACAACUGAGCAAAAAUAAAUAAUGAACAGAUUUUGUCUUACAUUUUCAAAUUUUAACCAAUAAAUAUAUUGUUAGGAAUUUAGAUAGAGAGACUGAAAAGAGAAAGACAGAUAUAUAAAUGUGUAGAUAUAUAAAUAAAUAGAUAUAUAGA